AUGGACCAUUCCCUCCCUCCCCACGACAGCCUCUCCCAACCUUUCGUCAUGGCCGACAGCCUUCAGUACCCCUCCGCAAGCCACUACAUUCCGCCAGCGUAUUUCAACCAGAAUCACACCCCCGGCCACAUGCACGUCGUCGCGCCUCCUCCGCGGCCAGACCCCGCAGCCCAGAGGAAACGUCCAAAGUAUACUCGCAGCAAGACCGGUUGUCUGACGUGUCGAGCAAAAAAGAUCAAGUGUGACGAGUCCAAGCCAAAUUGCCUGCGCUGCGCACAUGGUCAACGCGAGUGCACAUGGCCUGAAGGCGUCCCUGCUCGCAAAAAGCCUGCGCCUAGGAGAGAAUCUACGCUCGAUACCAACUUCGAUGCUCGUCCUUCGACGGCUGGGUCGUCUGGUGUCUCCGAGGCGUCUACGCCGCCCACGCGUGAUCAUACCCCUCCCAAGCGUGAGCCGAUCGACCUCGGGAUACCCCCUCUCGUUACCCGUCGUCACAGCGAGCCUGUGCUGCACUUGCCUAAUAUGGGUGACGAUCCCAGCAUGGCUCGUCGACAAAGUUUGAUGUCUUCUCAUUCAGCGCACGCAUACCCACUGCAUACCACGUCUCAUACCCAAGUUUUACCUGCAAUUCCAGAAGUUUCGCCAUCAUACCCUACUCAUCACCAGCAUCAUCAUCACCAGUCAUAUUCUUCUGCGUCUCACCAUUAUGCUCAGAUGCCGUCGCUUGCUCUUCCGCGUAUGGCCUCGCAGUAUGACCACAUGCAUUCAACAAUGCGCUCGGUCGAUGCAUCGUCAAGUUCGGGGCAUUGGACUGGUUCCUUGAUGCAUGCCGUCGACCCGCUUGAGCCGUUUGUAAGCGCGUCGUCCGCUUAUGGAGAGAAACCUGGUGGGGCAUUCUUCGCCUAA